AUCACCGUGGCAACGUUUCCACAGAAACAAGCUUCAUUAUCACAGUGAAAAGCUGCAGCUACACCUGAGCCUGACAGAGCUGCAGAGGUCUGACUGCACUGUGACCGAGGCACAGCACGAGAUGAUGGACGGCUUCAGCCCGGCUUCAGCCCGCUGUGGUCCUCGCUGCCAACGUAAACCUCAGCGCUUUAGCCCGAGACCCAUGCAUCAGAGCACCCUGAGCCUGGGCGACACGGCGCCCUGCUACACCACCACCCACACCCAGAGUUAUUCCGGCAGGUCGGCCGAUGGACGUCCUCUCGUCUUCCGCCUCAGAGACCCCAGCUUCCAGCACCGGAGCCAGCUGGAUCUCCGUGACAACGCCACGCCGCCGCAGAGUGUGCUGCAGUCACACAGCAAAGAGUUGUACGCGCCCCAGCACGUGACUCCGAGAGUCGACCCAAAGUUGGAAUUCUGGACUCGGUAUAAAAGCAGCCGCGCCAUCAGAGAGCUCAUCAGUCAUCAUCAGCAUCAUCCACCCGAGAGCCAGAGCACCUACAGGACGGAGCACGCGACCCCGGAGUUCGGCGGCUCGUCGCUGCAGGCCAGCGGCAGACAGACACAGUGGCACCGACACGACAUCCUGACAGGUGAACCGAAGCAGUUUGAGCCGGGGAAGUCCAGCAGACGGUCCAGAGAUCAGCAGCUGUGGGCGGCCAGACGCUGGGAGACGGACUGUACUGCAUGCAGACUCUACUGACAGGAAGUAACGCCACAGGAAACCUCCAUUAAAUGUACAAACCCUGUCAGGACUCUGGUCUGCAGAUGCUUCUCAGAGCAUCCUUAUAUGAUGCAGGAGCAACAUUUCUCCUCCAGGACUCAGUGAACAGAAACAAUAAGUCAACUGUAACUGAAAGGGCUCAGAUGGGCAGGAAAACACAGAAAGACUAAACUCCAAAACCCACGAGAGGCUCCAGCAGGGAGUCGACCGCCAACUUUACAGCAUAAAGAAACACGUUGACAGCCGGACAGGUGAGACACAGGUGGCUGUAGCUGCUAGCAUUUUUAUAGCAUCAUCUGACCAAUAAUAUGGCUGCUGUGAGAAACUAACAGACACGGCAAGAAAUAUUGGUGAAAUUCUGGGUGUUACUAAUCAGCAGGUCUGUGCUAAGUUAUCAGCUAAUGCUAGCACCCUCUCAUCCAAAUAUCACUACUGGACCCAGAAUUUAGGGUCCUAACCCACUAAUGAAAGCCCCCCACCCAGUUUAACCAACAAUAAAAGCUUCAAAUCUGAGAGAAAUAUUCAAUCCUGUACUCCCACUGUGGUCCAAUAACGUGCCAAUGAUCAGUGGGUCGGAUCACUGUGGAGCUGUGAGGUCCUGAGAGAAUACACAGCGCAGGUGUGCUGCCAACCCAGAUACAUUUGGAAAUACAACACACA